AUGGUCUUUGAGUCUGCACCAGCAGGUUUGGCUGACAGGCCCAGCAAGAGUUCCCAGCUACUUAGGGAGAGAACAGCAGUCACAGUCAAACUCCUCACCAAGGUGAUGAAAUCAGAAAAUUUAAAACUAAGCAAUUAUUGCUAUUAUUUACAAAGAGAGCCAUUUAGCUCAAUUCACCCUUUUGAUCAUUAUGGACUAAUAGAAAAGGUGAAAUCUGAGCUGGGCUUAAGGAGCUCAGAUGUCACCGAUAGCAGAAUAAGCCAGUCUGGAGUCCUGCUGGAAGGCAGGCGCUGCUGCAGAGUUGGGAAGAAGAUUGGGGAGCAGGAGCACACCGCCCUGGGGUCCGUCCCCAGCAUUGAACGAUGCGUGUGGUUACGUUUAAUUCCAAGGUGUACAUCACAGUUUGAUCCUGGCAAAAUUUAUAUCUGUCAAGAACAACUAAAACUUUUCUUUGCCCAUGGUGCUCCCAGUUAAGUCAGGGAAACAUUCCCUGUGUUUACCAGGACCUGCGUCCCCACAGACAACUCUUGCGUCUCUACCAAUGUGGACUAAGUGGAAGAAGGAAGAGUCUUGAAUCCAGCUUAUGCCCAGAUGAGAUGCCUCGUUAGACAGAUUGUAGCUGUUGACCCCGACUUCUAUAGUGAGGCAAUGCUAGGGAAGACAAACCAAGAGUACUGUGACUGGAUCAAAAGGGAUGCUGCUUGGAGGGAAGCUACUAAGAUACAGAUGUUGUUUUAAUUUUAUCAGUGCAAUAUCUGUGCAGUGUAUAACCAGGCAGUGAGAAUCGACCCGUUCAGGGAAGACGCAGGCUAUAUCUAAAAGAUCCUGCCUAUCUACGAUGGCAUCCACUGUGACCCGCAGCGCCACUUUCCUGGCCCAGACACCCCUCCCCUGGCCAUCUUCUCCUCUAACGAUGAGGUUCUUGUACAAGCACUGGACAUAGCAGGCAAACAGAGACAGUACGCUGGUGUCAACUGCUUUACCCUGCGAUGCUCUGUGUGCCAGAGGGCUUAA